AUGGACAAGUUUCUUGGUAGUAAUAUUAAUAAUAAAAGAGAAAGUCCGAUGAAAGAUUUGGUUGAUGAAGAAUUUGAAAAUGAAAAGGUUCAAAGUGAAGAUAAUAUGAAUAGAGAGCAUGAAAUUUCAGUGGAUCAUGAGCAAGAAAAUUUGGAGGAAAUUGAAAAAUGUGUACCUUUGCAUUUUGACAUUAUUGAUCAGGGAAAUUGGAAAACUAUUGAUCAAAGCUUGAUAGACUUGAUAGUGAAAAGAGGCCCCCUUAGGCAGGAUGGUUUUAUUUUUCCUAAAGAUUUAGAAAAUAGGCAUUUCUCUUCUACAUAUUAUAUUCAACAUUUAACAAAUGGUGAGAAGAGUGGUAGAAAAUGGUUGGUCUACUCAAUUUCAUUGGAUAAAGUGUUUUGCUUUUGUUGUAAAUUGUUCAAGCAAGAAGGAAACAAUAUUCAAUUAGCUAAUGAAGAAAUCAAUGAUUGGAAAAAUCUUAGUUUCAGUCUUAAAAGUCAUGAAACUAGUAAUGGACACAUGCAUAACACGAGAAGAUGGGUUGAAUUGGAAAGGAGAUUACAAUAG